UGUAAAUCAGUAUUUUUCAAAAACGUAUUCUAAGUUUAUUUGGCGAAGGUAACUAUCUCAAUAGGUGUUGUAAUGCAUUCCCAAGGCGUAUGUUUACCGCGUUUGGAAAUUGUUUAGCCACCGUACAGGGGAUUACGAAGUGGUGUAAUCUAUCAUCAGUUUUGUGAUAGAAACACAAUCUGUUCUAAUUUAUAAAAUGUGAUUGUGAAAGGUUAGUGACCAAAUGUGGAAAGAACAGUGUUGGUUAAUAUAUGCUAGAAGUUAGCGAAAACAUAACGUAAGCUUUAUGUGGUCUGUUGUUGAAAGUGGCAUAAUUAUGUCGAAAACUUUAUUUCACGUUUCUUUGCUUUGCCAGAAUCGUCAUCAUGCACACGUAUCGAACACGCACACGAAUGUAGAUAAAAUUCAAGGUUAAGGUCUUUAUCAGAAAAUCAUGUGCCAAAACCAUGAAUAAGGUAUUUCUAUUGUGCUAUUACAUGCUUUUGAUGCCACCUACAGUAGCAGCAUGAAAUUAAUGAAUAAACUCAUGAGAAGGUCUUCUGUUGAGGGAUAAGACGACGGUUUUGCGUAUGAAAAAGGGAGCUAAAAAUGGCUGGUUUUGCAUCGAAAGCUGCAUUAUGUUCCAAAUGGAGUGAUUUAGUUGAAAGUGGUGCCACAAACAUUGAAGCAACAGCCGAGGUUUCUCAGGGUUUGAAACAUGUUGUCGGAUGGCUAAAACAGGCGUCCGUAGAAGUAAGAGAGGCCGGAAAAAGAGCCGUCUCGCAAAUACAGAACAAUACACCGAAUUUGCUACCGAAUCUUCACUCAGCAACGUUAAUUGGUCAAGGGAUCGACCGAGACAGUAGCAGUAUGACCGGUGCUACAGUGGAUAAAUUAACUAUUAUACAUUACAAUGACGUGUAUAACAUUGAUGCAAACAGCAAAUCUGAACCAAUCGGCGGAGCUGCACGGUUCUGCACGGCAGUCAAAUCAUUCAAUCAACUGAAUCCUCUGAUUCUAUUUAGUGGUGAUGCAUUUUCCCCAAGUAUGCUUAGCACCUUUACAAAAGGAGAACAAAUGGUUCCCGUGUUAAAUGCUAUCGGAACACACUGUGCCGUAUUUGGAAACCAUGAUUUUGAUCACGGAUUAGAUGUUCUGAACGAAUGGGUUGAGAAGACUAAUUUUCCCUGGUUGAUGUCGAAUGUAGUUGAUAAUGAAACUGGACGACCGUUAGGGGGUGGAAAAAUUACUCAUAUUUUAAAUCACAAUGAGGUGAAAUUGGGUCUAAUUGGUUUGGUAGAAAAGGAGUGGCUUGAUACGUUGCCGACGAUAGAUCCGAACGAAGUCACCUAUAUUGAUUUUAUUAAAGCGGGAAACCAACUAGCAGAGGAGCUACACAAUCAGGGUUGUGAUGUUAUUAUAGCUUUAACACACAUGCGAACGCCUAACGAUAUUGAGUUGGCCAAACAUAGCGGACACAUCGAUCUAAUAUUAGGUGGUCACGAUCAUGUGUAUGAGAUAUUGAAUAUUGAUGAUACAUACGUAAUUAAAUCGGGUACCGAUUUUAGACAAUUUUCCAAGAUUGGCAUUAACCUCAGAAGUACUCAGAGUGAUAAAAUUACGAUCAAUGUGGAGAAAGUUGAUGUAAAUUCUUCGCAAUAUUCAGAGGACGUCACAUUAAAAGACGAGUUGAAAAAAUAUUCCGAAACAAUUGAAUCGAAAAUGGAUGAAAUGUUGGGAAUGUUUGCUGUAGAGUUAGAAGGAAGAUUUUCUGCUAUUCGUACAUCUGAAACCAAUCUAGGAAAUUGGAUUUGUGAUGUAGCACUAGCCGCCACUGGCGCCGAUUGUGUGAUUAUUAACUCUGGCACAUUUCGUUCUGAUCAAAUACAUCCUGCUGGACCAUUUACGAUGCGUGACUUAAUUAAUAUAAUACCAAUGCAAGACCCAUUAAUCGUACUAGAGGUUACGGGCAAAAUAUUGCACGAAGCGCUUGAAAAUUCCGUGUCAACAUACCCAAAGUUGGAAGGAAGAUUUCCCCAGAUAGCGGGCAUGUCAUUCGUAUUUGACCCAACAAAACGUCCAGGUGAACGAGUAGAACCGAAACUGGUGCGCCUUGGUGAUGAAUGGUUAAAUUUGGAACAGAAAUAUACAUUAUGCAUUAAAAGCUAUAUAUAUGGAGGAUGUGAUGGAUAUACCAUGUUUAAAGGAUGCCGUGUGCUGUUGGACGAUGAUGCUGCACCAGAGCUUGGAUUGGCUAUCCAGAAUCAUUUCAAAGCAAUCGAUAUUCGUUUAGGCAAAACGCAUCACACUAAACAUCGCCAGUCGCUUGUAACUCUGUCAAGGCGCCAUAGCAUGGUACAGAUGCUCGAAAACCUUGAGCUAGAUGGUCCGACUCCAAUCAGACGAAAGUCUUCCGUAACGAUACCCAAAAUGGAACACAUCAGUAAUAAUCGGGGCAAGCUUUUACGUCGUGCGUCGCUAGAUGAUUUGGAACAGAACAGCUGCCAGCUUGCACCAUCAAUUCAACAUAGAAUUAUUGCCGUGCAGAAUGAAGAUCAUACUCGAGAGAUGAUUUUAAGGCGAGAGACUAUUGAAAAAAAUUUCGUUAUCAAGGAAACCGACGAGCUUACCCCGUAAGUUUCUAGUACCGAUCGUACACAUGUCAGAAUAAUGUAAUAUACCAUAGCCUUAACAGGAAUAAAUUAUGUGAGACGGCAUGCUGAUUAUUUGUAAAGAUAUUGUUAGUGUUAAACCUUUUGAAUAAACAGAUUGUGUGACAAUCGAUCUGGUUCAGACGUUAACGAAAAAAUUA